AUGUCAGAAGCAGCAUAUCGCCCUCUGUGGAGCGCUGCCUUGCGCCGACCCUCUUCCAGCAUAUUCACAACAUGUAAGCAAUGUCAAAAAAGCUUUCCUGAGACUUUGCAGACGCGCGCAUCUUCUUCCAACUCGCGGUGGAAGAUGAGGCAGGGUAAAGACUUUUUCGCCCGCGAGGCCAAGGUGCAGGGGCUCAAGAGUCGGGCUGCGUUCAAGCUCCUAGAGAUGGAUGCCAAAUACAAGAUAUUUCGCAAAGGCCAGACGGUAGUAGAUCUGGUUGCUGUCGAGCGCACGAAGCCAAAUGGCCAGAUCCUGGGCAUCGACAUCAUACCCGCACAGCCACCCAAGGGCGUCUCAACAAUCCAAGGCAACUUCCUUUCACCCGACGUCCAGGGCAUGGUGAAGGACUAUCUCGAGCGAGCCAGGCACCGCAAGCGGAACUCACUGCCAGCAGAAGAAGAUGAAGAACAAGAGAACGACGAAGAAGAAUCACCUGCGGAUAGCGAGGCUACAGUCAUUGAGGAAAAACCGAGCUACAUCGACAUGGAGAGAGCAGCGUCCGAAACUUCAAGUACCGCCAAGGAUGGAUCGGAAGCUAAGAAAGGUCGAUUGGUGGAUAUUGUGUUGAGUGACAUGUCAGCACCUUGGGACCAGACCAGUGGAUUCGGCGUGAACAGUCUUAGUAAUCCCUAUCAUAGGAUGAUGAACACGAGCGGCAUGGCAUUCCGAGACCACGCUGGGAGUAUGGAUCUAUGCGGAGCGGCACUGCAGUUCGCCAAUGACACACUCAAGAACGGCGGGCAUUUUGUCUGCAAGUUCUAUCAAGGCUCCGAGGACAGAGAGUUUGAAAAGAAGCUAAAGACCUUGUUUGCAAAGGUUUUUCGAGAGAAGCCAGAGUCAUCUCGCAGUGACUCGAAAGAGGCGUACUUUGUCGCACUCAGAAGGAAGGGAAACGUAAGCUUGGAGAGUGACGACUUGUAA